AUGUAGACAUGGUUAAAAAUUGUACUUGGAGUUGCAACUUCUGCUGUGCUUGCUUUAUUGGUGAUGUGCAUUAUCUUACGUCCUUCAAGAGUUCAUGACUCUGAAGGAAGUACAACAAGAGCACUCACACUGAAGGAUAUUUUAAAUGGGACAUUUACCUAUAAAACAUUUUUCCCGAACUGGAUUUCAGGACAAGAAUAUCUUCAUCAGUCUACAGAUAAUGAUAUAGUAUAUUACAAUAUUGAAACAGGAGAAUCAUAUACCAUUUUGAGUAAUGUCACCAUGAAAAGUGUGAAUGCUUCAAAUUGUGGCUUAUCACCUGAUCGGCAAUUUGCAUAUCUAGAAAGUGAUUAUUCAAAGCUUUGGAGAUACUCUUACACAGCAACAUAUCACAUCUACAACCUCAAUAAUGGAGAGUUUAUAAGAAGAAAUGAGCUUCCUCGUCCAAUUCAGUAUUUAUGCUGGUCGCCUGUUGGGAGUAAAUUAGCAUAUGUCUAUCAAAACAAUAUCUAUUUGAAACAAAGACCAGAAGACCCACCUUUUCAAAUAACAUAUAAUGGAAAAGAAAAUAAAAUAUUCAAUGGAAUCCCAGACUGGGUGUAUGAAGAGGAAAUGCUUGCUACAAAAUAUGCUCUCUGGUGGUCUCCUAAUGGAAAAUUUUUGGCAUAUGCAGAAUUUAAUGAUACAGAGAUACCAGUUAUUGCAUAUUCCUAUUAUGGUGAUGAACAAUAUCCUAGAACAAUAAAUAUUCCAUACCCAAAGGCUGGAGCUAAGAAUCCUGUUGUUCGGUUAUUUAUUAUCGAUACCACUUCUCCUGAGCAUGUAGGUCCCAGAGAAGUGCCAGUUCCAGCAAUGAUAGCAUCAAGUGAUUAUUAUUUCAGUUGGCUCACGUGGGUUACUGAUGAACGAAUAUGUUUGCAGUGGCUAAAAAGAAUCCAGAACGUUUCAGUUCUGUCUAUAUGUGAUUUUAGGGAAGGCUGGCAGACAUGGGAUUGUCCAAAGAUCCAGGAGCAUAUAGAAGAAAGCAGAACUGGAUGGGCUGGUGGAUUCUUUGUUUCAACACCAGUUUUCAGCUAUGAUGCCAUUUCAUACUACAAAAUAUUUAGCGACAAGGAUGGCUACAAACAUAUUCACUAUAUCAAAGACACUGUGGAAAAUGCUAUUCAAAUUACAAGUGGCAAGUGGGAGGCCAUAAAUAUAUUCAGAGUAACACAGGAUUCACUGUUUUAUUCUAGCAAUGAAUUUGAAGGCUACCCUGGAAGAAGAAAUAUCUAUAGAAUUAGCAUUGGAAGCCAUCCUCCAAGCAAAAAGUGCAUUACUUGCCAUCUAAGGAAAGAAAGGUGCCAAUAUUACACAGCAAGUUUCAGUGACUACGCCAAGUACUAUGCGCUUGUCUGCUAUGGCCCAGGCCUCCCCAUUUCUACCCUUCAUGAUGGCCACACUGAUCAAGGGUUGAAGUUGAUGGAGACGAGGGACAAUGAGGGACUUCAGGACUCGUGCCUAAUGAUGUCUCCACAGUCCUACGGAGGCUAUGUUUCAUCCCUGGCCCUUGCUUCAGGAACCGGUCUUUUCAAAUGUGGGAUAGCAGUGGCUCCUGUCUCCAGCUGGGAAUAUUACGCAUCUAUCUACACAGAGCGCUUCAUGGGCCUCCCAACAAAGAACGAUAACCUCAAGCACUAUAAAAAUUCAACUGUGAUGGCAAGAGCAGAAUAUUUCAGAAAUGUAGACUAUCUUCUCAUCCACGGAACAGCAGAUGAUAAUGUGCACUUUCAAAACUCAGCACAGAUUGCUAAAGCUCUGGUUAAUGCACAAGUGGAUUUCCAGGCAAUGUGGUACUCGGACCAGAACCAUGGCAUAUCCGGCCUGUCCACGAAGCACCUGUACACCCACAUGACCCGCUUCCUAAAGCAGUGUUUUUCUUUGUCCGACUAAGAAGGACGCAGACGCAAGCUUGUAUCACAGUGGGAUGUAUCACAGUGGGAACACUUCGUAUAAAUGCGUCAGACCACUUGCUUGUUUUACUCUUUAUGCUGUUAAAUCCUGGGACAAACAGACGAAUGAUGUUCUAAAGGCUGGCGGAAGAUUAAGACUCAGAAGCUCAACUCAAACAUUGUUUACAUUUUCUGGCACUCUCUGAAAGGAGAGAAAAGGGAACUGUGCCUUUUGCUUUGGACACAGUGUUUUAUCACCUGUUCAUUUGAGGAAAAUAAUAAAGUCAGAAGUUAAAGUGCU